AUGAACUACGGAAACAAGAAUUUGGAAUAUUUGUCCGCGAAUGUAAUUAAAGAAAGUAGAUAUACAAAUAAUUACCUGUUAAAAAUUAUUGUUGAAUCGAAAGGAUUAAUUAUUGUUGAAUCAAAGG